CUGGGACCCGGGCCGGCCCUGCCACCCCACCCCCUGGAGCCGAGAGAGGCCCCGGGAGAGUCCGAGGCCCCGGCGGGUCCUGGAGCCAGCCGGCCCCGCUCCACAGCGCCCUCUCCAGGCCCUUUCCCAGCGCCCGACAGCGCCCCCGGGGGGGUAGCACGGGACCCUUGCGCGCGCGCCCCUGGGUGCUUCCCCUUCCCUCUCCCUGGCCAUGGCCCCCGCGGCUUAGACGCCUCCUCCGCCGCCGCCGCGCGGAGCAAGCCGGCGGGCCGGAUGGACGGGGCCGGGGUGCCCGAUGAGGACCCUGCUCAGGAGGCCUUGCAGUCCUUGAGCCGGCGGCUUCAGGUGCAGGAGAAGGAGAUGGAGCUGGUGAAGGCGGCCCUGGCCGAAGCCCUUCGCCUGCUUCGGCUACAGGCACCCCCCACCUCCCUGCAAGAUUCUGGCACACCAGCUCCAACGAGGGACGGCCUUGCAGCACCCCCAGGACUGCCACCCACAUGUAGUCCCUCCUUGGUGAGCCGAGGCACCCAGACGGAGACAGAGGUGGAGAUGCAGCCACCCCCUGGCCUCGCUGGCCUGAGCAAUGGGCCCCCCGCCCCUCAGGGAGGCAGUGAAGAGCCGAGCGGGUCCCCUUCUGAAGGAGGGGGCAGCGGCAGUGGCACCGGCUCCCCCGGCCCGCUGGGGGGCCUCAGGCUCGUGCAGCCUCCGCAGUGCACUGACACGCCGCGGAGAAAUUCCUCCUCCUCCUCAUCCCCCUCAGAGCGGCCUCGACAGAAACUCUCCCGGAAGGCGGCUUCCUCGGCCAACCUGUUAUUGCGGUCAGGGAGCACAGAGAGCCGUGGGGGGAAAGAUCCCCUCUUCAGCCCUGGGGGUCCUGGAUCUCGGAGGAGCAAUUACAAUUUGGAAGGCAUCUCAGUGAAGAUGUUCCUUCGAGGCCGCCCCAUUACCAUGUACAUCCCGUCUGGCAUCCGCAGCCUUGAGGAGCUGCCCAGCGGCCCACCCCCGGAGACCCUCAGCCUUGACUGGGUUUAUGGGUACAGGGGUCGUGACUCCCGCUCUAAUCUGUUUGUGCUGCGCUCUGGGGAGGUAGUCUACUUUAUUGCCUGUGUGGUGGUGCUAUACCGGCCCCGGGGAGGCCCAGGAGGUCCUGGAGGUGGUGGCCAGAGACAUUACCGGGGGCACACGGACUGCGUGCGAUGCCUGGCUGUUCACCCUGAUGGUGUUCGGGUAGCCUCAGGACAGACAGCUGGAGUCGAUAAGGAUGGAAAGCCCCUGCAGCCUGUGGUUCACAUCUGGAACUCAGAGACGCUGCUGAAGCUGCAGGAGAUUGGUCUGGGGGCCUUCGAGCGGGGUGUGGGGGCCCUGGCCUUUUCAGUUGCGGAUCAGGGUGCUUUUCUUUGUGUGGUGGAUGAUUCCAACGAGCACAUGCUGUCAGUGUGGGACUGCAGCCGGGGCACAAAGCUGGCCGAGAUCAAGAGCACAAAUGACUCAGUCCUGGCCGUUGGCUUCAACCCACGCGACAGCAGCUGCAUUGUCACUAGUGGGAAAUCCCAUGUCCACUUCUGGAACUGGAGUGGAGGAGCAGGGGUUCCUGGGAAUGGAACCCUCACCCGGAAACAGGGUGUUUUUGGGAAAUACAAGAAACCCAAGUUUAUCCCUUGCUUUGUGUUCCUCCCGGAUGGGGACAUUCUCACUGGUGACUCAGAGGGGAACAUUCUCACCUGGGGGAGGAGUCUCUCAGAUUCCAGGACCCCAGGCAGGGGUGGGGCCAAAGAGACCUAUGGGAUUGUGGCCCAGGCCCAUGCUCAUGAAGGUUCCAUCUUCGCCCUGUGUCUCCGGCGGGACGGGACCGUGCUGAGUGGUGGUGGGCGGGACCGCCGGCUGGUACAGUGGGGGCCCGGGUUGGUGGCCCUCCAAGAGGCUGAGAUUCCUGAACACUUUGGAGCCGUGCGGGCCAUCGCUGAGGGGCUGGGUUCUGAGCUGCUGGUGGGAACCACGAAGAAUGCAUUGCUGAGAGGAGAUCUGGCCCAGGGCUUCUCCCCUGUAAUCCAGGGCCACACCGACGAGCUCUGGGGACUCUGCACACAUCCCUUCCAGAACCGCUUCCUCACCUGCGGCCAUGACCGGCAGCUUUGCCUGUGGGAUGGGGAGGGCCAUGCACUGGCCUGGAGUAUCGACCUCAAGGAGACUGGUGUCUGUGCUGAUUUUCACCCCAGUGGGGCAGUUGUGGCUGUAGGACUGAACACGGGGAGGUGGCUGGUUUUGGACACAGAGACCAGAGAGAUUGUGUCUGAUGUCACCGAUGGCAAUGAGCAGCUCUCAGUGGUCCGGUACAGCCCAGAUGGGUUGUACCUGGCCAUUGGUUCCCAUGACAACAUGAUCUACAUCUAUAGCGUUUCCAGUGAUGGUGCCAAGUCCAGCCGCUUUGGCCGCUGUGUGGGUCACUCCAGCUUCAUCACUCACCUUGACUGGUCCAAGGAUGGAAAUUUCAUCAUGUCCAAUUCUGGGGACUAUGAGAUCCUUUACUGGGAUGUGGCUGGAGGCUGCAAGCUGCUGAGGAAUCGCUAUGAGAGCAGAGACCGGGAGUGGGCCACGUACACCUGUGUGCUGGGCUUCCAUGUCUAUGGCGUGUGGCCGGACGGCUCGGAUGGCACCGACAUCAACUCCCUGUGCCGCUCGCACAACGAGCGCGUGGUGGCUGUGGCCGACGACUUCUGCAAAGUACACCUCUUCCAGUAUCCGUGCGCGCGCGCCAAGGCGCCGAGCCUCGUGUACGGCGGCCACGGCAGCCACGUGACCAGCGUCCGGUUUACGCACGACGACUCCCAUCUCGUCUCCCUGGGUGGCAAGGACGCAAGCAUCUUCCAGUGGCGAGUGUUGGGUGCCGGGGGUGCGGGGCCGGCGCCCGCCACGCCCUCUCGAACCCCUUCCCUGUCCCCCGCUUCCUCUCUCGACGUCUGACAGCUGCCCGAUGGGACCCACCGGCCCCUGCGGCGUGGCUCCGCUCCACCCGAACCUCCAGGACCAGGAGACGACCCUUUCCUCCACUUCGAGACAUUCCCGAACUUGCAUUUCUCUGGAAGGGGCGAACGGCACCCCUGCACACACUGUAUAGACCCGCUGGCUGAGCCGGGAAGCCCCAGCCUGGGCCCUGACUCCUGCCGCCUGCUGAGGGGCAAUAAACCAAAAGCAGAGUCGC